CCACAUCCUUUAUUCCGAAUAAGGCACAGUACCUCUUUUCUCUGCAGAUCAGAACCUGGGAUCUCACCAGUACAGACAUUCGGCUGAGCAAGCUCUGCUGCUUUCAACAUGUUUGACCUUGACACUUGGCCUCACGCGCUUCACAGUGUUCUGCUGCUGACCCUACUGUUGGGACUCACAGGAGAAGCUACACGGGAGCUGAAGGUGAUUCAGCCUGAGAAAUCAGUUUCUGUUGCUGCUGGAGAGUCAGCCACUCUGAACUGCACUGUCACCUCUCUGCUUCCUGUGGGGCCCAUUAAGUGGUUCAGGGGUGCAGGGCAGAGUAGGCAUCUCAUAUAUAGUUUCAUGGGAGAGAAGUUCCCCAGAAUCACAAAUCUUACAGAUGCUACAAAGAGAAACAACCUGGACUUUUCCAUCCGCAUCAGUAAUGUCACACCUGCUGAUGCUGGCACCUACUACUGUGUGAAGCAUCUCAGAGCAGAAGCUGACAAGGAGCUUCAGUCUGGGAGAGGCACAGUGUUGUCUGUGCUCGCUAAACCAUCCCCUCCUGUGAUCUUGAGCCCUUUAUUCAGAGCCACACCUGAGCAGACAGUGAACUUCACAUGCAAGUCCAAUGGUUUCUCCCCUCGGGACAUCACACUGAAGUGGUUCAAAGACAAGACUGAGCUCUCUCACUUCCAAACUACUGUGGACCCUAAGGAGGAAAGCAUCUCCUACAGUAUCUCCAGCACAGUCCAAGUGGUGCUGGGUGCUGUGGAUGUCCACUCUAAGAUCAUCUGUGAGGUGUCCCAUGUCACCUUGCAAGGAGGUCCUCUCCGUGGGACUGCCAACUUGUCUGACAUUAUCCGAGUUCCACCCACUGUGGAAAUCAGCCAGCAGCGAUCAAUGGUAUGGAAUCUGAUAGGUGUCACCUGCCAGGUGAAGGAAUUCUACCCUUCGAAGCUUCGGUUGGCCUGGUUAGAGAAUGGAAAUAUAUUUCGGGUAGAAGGCCCUUCUACAUUCACAGUAAACAAAGACGGAACCUACAGUUCAGCCAGCUGGCACUUGGUGAAUGUAUCAGCCUGUGAGGAAGACAUAAUGCUCACCUGUCAAGUUGAGCAUGAUGGACAGCCGCCAGUCCUAAAAUCACAUAUUGUUAUGAUCAACAAACAGCAGCAGGGACAAGGGCUGAAGAUGUCAGAUUCUGCUGAAGAAUUCCUUGUAGCUGUGCUGCUUGGACCCAAACUGCUACUGGUAAUUGGUGCCUCUGCCAUGUACAUGCACAAGAAACGGAAGGCCUGACAGACAGGAGAAGAGUACCUGUGUGACUGUAGCACUAGAGUACAAUGUGUAAGUUGUGAAAGGAGUAUUGAAUGAGAGGUGAUUCUCCACAGCACUUCUCUUCAUCUGCCACACUGGACCCUGAAUAUCUGACGUCACCUUUCAUGGAGGGGCUCAGCCUAGAAGAAGCUGGUGAGAAGCUGUGGAAGUCUACUCCAAAUGUCUCCCUUACAAGGACAAAUCAGAUUCAGAAUUCCCUAUUAUUCCUCUAUGUAAGCACUGAUAUGUCAGAGAUAUGAUGUUGUGGUUGUUGGAUUCUAUUCUUGGGGACCUUAAUUUCAUUAAUAAAAGAAUUUAAAAAAUGGA